UUAGCGGAAGUAUUUUUCUUCAACGAGUUUCAAUUAUUGCUCCUUAAAACAUUCCUUAUCAUUCUAGUGUUUACGUUGUUAUUGAUUUUUAUAUCUUGGCGUGUUUAUGGAAACCGGAUAUCUGAGCGGUUUAUGAAACCCGCUACAUCAGCAACAAUAGCACAACUGAAAGAGAGUGUAUCCAAGCUAAAACUGCCAAAAGAACACACACCACGCAUUUAAAAUGGCGGAAAAAAUAAAGAAAUUCUUUCAAAAAAAGAAAGCGGAUGCUAAAUUCAAGUUAGCUGGUCCUGGCCAUAGGUUAAGUGAGUCCAGUAUAAGUAACCAGUCUGUGAGGCGAGAGGAGCCUGUGGUUAAGAGGAGCGGUCUUUCGGAGGAGAGUAAGGUGGCUGCGGAGGCUGCGCUGGCGAGACUGUCGCAGAAGAGAGACAACCCAGCGUUUAAUACUUCCUUGGCUGCUAUUCGGGCCCAAGUGAAAAGGGAGCUAGAAAGUGAAGCAGCAAACUCAAAAGUGGAAGGGGAACCUCUCCCAGUGGAAAAGAAGGUAGAAAUGGAAAAGGAAGUGCCGGUAAAUUUUGCCGCUUCUGGUGUUUAUUUCAAAUGUCCAAUAAUAAGCAACGACAUAUUACCUCGCGACGAAUGGAAGCGAAACAUAAAAACAUUCCUGUAUGAACAAUUGGAAGAGGAGCGGGGACUCACGGCCUGUCUUAUUAUACAGUCGUGUAACAAUAAUAGGGAAAAGAUUGAUACCUGUGUAGAGACACUAUGCAAGUAUUUAGAGAACAUUGUGACUUACCCUGAAGAGGAGAAAUAUCAGAAAAUAAGAAUGUCCAACAGAGCAUUCACAGACCGCGUGCAACCGAUAGAAGGUGCUGUGGAAUUAUUGUUAGCGGCUGGGUUCGUUCAACAGAAAUUGUUCAAUAACGAAGGGAACGAGGAAGAUUUCCUUGUGUUUAACAAGGAUAAUGUGCCUUCUGUCGAGAGUUUGGUGACACUUAUAGAAGCCCUCCGUUCAGCGGAACCCAUACAACUAGAGUUGGAUAGGAACUUACAAGUGUUGUUACCAUCUCAAGCGGCCAAUAAGGUGCAAUUACCGCCCUCGUUCUAUGCACUCACUCCGGAGGAAAUUAAACGGGAACAGCAGUUGAGGGCAGAAGCUAUAGAAAGAUCUCAAAUGUUGCGCACUAAAGCUAUGAGAGAAAAGGAUGAAUUACGAGAAAUGAGGAAAUACAAAUUCGCUAUUAUUAGGAUACGCUUUCCAGAUGGGAUUUUACUUCAGGGAACAUUUUCAGUCUACGAGAAGUAUCAAGAUAUUCACGACUUCCUUAGAGAAAAUCUGGAACAUAGUGACUUACCAUUCGUCCUAACAACACCCACGGGUCAUAAACUAAAUAUAGACGAGGAUUCCAAUAAAACAUUAAUUGACCUUAAAUUAGUACCCACAAGUAUAUUAAAUUUCGCCUGGCAUUCGUCCAUUCUUGAAGAAAUCAAUAAUAGUCCCAAUAAAGAUGUUUAUUUGAAACCUGAAAUCAUGAUUCUGGUGCAAGAAAUAUGAUUGGCUCUUGUAUUUAUUAUUUUUUUAUUUAUUUGGAUUGAUUGUGUGAAGGGUUUUACUUGCCUUUGGAAAGCCUUGGAAGUUUA